AUGGACUUCAACACCGACGCGGAGGCUGAAGAGAGCUCGUCGGACCUCCGAUCGCAGUUGAAUCCGCGGAUGGACCUCAACACACCUCCGGGCAGAGAGAUGACCCCAGACCCGGUUAAUUUCAUUCAGCCCGGAGUGGCAUUUCCUGGCAUCCCCGGACAAAUGCAGUUCCAGUACCCGAUGUACGCGCCCGGGAUGUUCGAUCAGGCGUACCCGUAUUGGCAAAGCCCACCGCGCUUCUUUGGAGCCCAAUACCAGUACCAACCAGGUCCGGGCACCUACCAGCCUUAUAUGCAGAUGCCGAUACCGAAUAUGCAGAUGCCGAUGCCGAACGCACCUGAGCCCGGCCAAUCGAUGGCAUCAGCACCAGAGCUACGAAGGGCCCAAUCUGAGCGUCGACCAGCCCGGUCGCGGCUCGGGCCUGGGGCAGCUCACGAGCGAGGGGCUGAGGAAGUCCCCGCCCGAAUGAGCGCUUUCGUCCGCCUCCAGCCGUCGGUACACCAACGGGUCGGAGCCCGACAAGAUGUGGAGGAAUCCGUGAACCUCGACGGAUCCCGACAGGAAGCGUCGGGCGAAGUCAGCAGCUGCCGGUCGAGGAGAAACGCCCGACGAGCUGCCGACCGGGAAGAUCCUCAACAUGAAGCUAGGGGCCUGCUACGACAGGUCCGGGAAGAAUUCAGUAGAUGGAGACGCGAGCACGGUCAUAGGCCAUCCGAACCUGAAGCACCCUUACUCCGCAACCCCUUCACCGAAGACAUAAUGAGCCUUCCUUACCCCCAUGACUUGCGAGUGCCAGGGAACAAGGGAUACGACGGAAAGACCGACCCGGAAGCGCACAUUAACUCCUACUACGGAAAUAUGCUCAUGAUGGGAGUAACCGACGCAGUGAUGUGUCGAGCGUUCUACUCAACCUUGACGGGAAGAGCGGCGGACUGGUUCAAGACAUUGGAGCCCGGUUCUAUCGCCUGUUUCGCGGAGUUGGCGAAAAGGUUUGUCCACAAAUUCGCCACCUCCAAAGAAGUCCGGAAGCAUUUCACCUAUCUUGAAAAGGCCAAACAACUCGAAGGCGAAUCCCUGACGGAUUUUCUCGUAAAGUGGAAAGCGGCAAUCGGUGAGGUCGAGCCCCUCGAUGACCGGACAGCAAUCAACGUCCUGCAUUCCAACCUGCGAGCUGGGGCCUUAUACCAGGAAUUCAUCCUACACCCUCCGACGACUUACGAUGAGGCGAUCAGAAGGGUAACUGACUACGCCAAUGCCGGUGAGGCUAACUUCGCCAAGCGCCAGCAAGAAGCCGGUAGCAGCCGGAAACCACAAGGCCGGCAAGACGAGGGGAGGACGAACGACAGAUCUGGGCGGGGGCGUGGGAGAGCACCCGACUUCACCCCCCUAAACAGACCGGCGGUCGACGUCCUCCGAUUCGCCCAGUCUUGCAACAUGAUCCAACUGCCGGAGCCGCAGCGCGAGGAUCGCGACAAGACGAAAUAUUGUGCAUACCACCGCAGCAAGGGGCACGAAACGGAAGAUUGCACGACCCUCAGACAAGUCAUAGAAGAACUGCUACGAUCGGGAAAGCUUGCGGAGUUCACUAAUAAGAAGGACGAGAAAAAAUCGUCUUGGAAAAACCCGUUCAAGAAGUCAAACAAGAACAAAAAAGACAAGGAUCACGAUCGGGACACCGAGCCCCGGCAAUCGACGGGAAAGCAGGUCAUCCAUGUCAUAUUCGGUGGCCCGGAGGGAAGCUCCAAUGCUCGGGAAAAACUCCAGAUCGGGCUGAUAGGGUCAGAGCCCGGUGCGAAGAGACAGAAGCUAGAACCAAUCACUUUUACCCCGAGCGACAUGCUCGAAGGGGAAGAUCGCAAUACUGAAGCGUUGGUCGUCACGAUCGACAUCAUGGGGUCCGACGUCCAACAUGUCUUGGUAGAUACCGGUAGUAGCGUGAACGUCUUGUACAUGGACGUCUUUCAGAAAUUGAAGCUAGAACCGAUCGAGUUGACCCCUAUCGGGACGCCCCUAUCGGGAUUCACUGGCGACACCAUCCAUCCGGAAGGAAAGAUAACCUUGCCGGUGGAGAUAGGCAGUCGGCCCCGGACGAUCAAGACUAUGAUGGAGUUCAUCAUCGUCAACCUUCGAUGUGUCCACAACGCUAUCCUAGGUAGACCGGCGAUCGUGUCGAUCGGAGGAAUCAUUUCCAUGCCUCAUUUGUGCAUGAAAUUCCCAACCCCUGAAGGGGUGGGAGUCGUCCGAUGA